UUACCGGAUGAACAACGAUUAUUACAUAAAUUAUUCUCUAAUUAUGACACCAGUGUUCGGCCCGUUUUCAAUUCAUCACAUCGUGUAGUUGUAUCGUUUAAUUACAAUCUUAUUCAAGUCAUGGAUAUGGACGAGAAGAAUCAAAUCCUGACAUUAAAUGCCUGGCUGGAAUGGUCUUGGAAAGAUGAAAGAAUAAAAUGGGACCCUGCGGAGUUUAAUGGUUUAACAGUAUUUAGAGUUCCAUCUAAAAAACUUUGGCUUCCAGAUAUCGUUCUAUAUAACAAUGCCGAUGAUUACACCACUGGUUUUAUGAAAGUGAACGUGAUGUUACUAAAUGACGGUACUGUGAUGUGGUCACCACCAGCUCGCCUUAGAAGUUCUUGUCACAUCGACAUUACUUACUUCCCUUUUGAUAGCCAAUUUUGUAGCCAGAAAUUUGGAUCGUGGUCAUACAGCCAGAGUCAAGUUGAUCUAGUUAAUACUUCGGAAGUGUUGGAAGUCAGUAACUAUAUUUCUAACGGUGAAUGGACAUUAUUUAAAUAUAAAUUGAAGAGAAAUGAAGUGGUUUAUCCAAUAAGUGACGAGGUAUUCCCCGAUGUGACUAUCAGUAUCAUGAUUUAUAGACGUAUAUUAUACUAUGUACUCAACAUUCUACUGCCUUGUUUCUGGUUGAACAUUCUCAGUGUAUUGACAUUCUGUUUACCACCAGAUGCCGGAGAAAAGCUCACUCUCAGUAUUACUGUUCUAUUGUCUUAUUCUGUUUUUAUGUUGCUGGUUGCUGAAAGUAUGCCGCCCACGUCAGAAUCUGUACCAUUAAUCGAAGUUUACCUGACAUUAUCCAUGGCGAUGUCUUCCGUAUCAGUUAUAAUGACAGUUAUGGUAAUGAAACUACAUCACAGUCCUCCCAAUGUACAAGAAGUGCCUUCCUGGGUUCGAUAUUUUAUCCUGGGAUUUCUUGGAAGGAUUAUU